GCUUCCUCACGAUUGGUCGUACCACUACGAUCGUCUACGGACUUGUUUCUCUCGAGUCUCGGCGGGGACUGGGGUUUUCCUGAGAAGAUACAGUCAAUAUUUUAUAUUCGUUCGUUAGAUCGUCCUCCGCAGUAAGCAUUCGGUGCUUGAAGGAGGCAAGUUCGUUAAACAAGAUGCGUACACUACAAAGAAGUUUUUUGGCAUUUUGCAUAUUUACAUCAACCAUGGCCGCGGCAAUUGAAAAUAAUUUAGCUGUUCAGGCUGUUUCUCAGGGCGCCCAUUUGUUCUCCGCUAACUUCGUCAAGACUGUUUCACAAGAACAAACAGACAAUUUAAUAUGUUCUCCUCUGAGUGCUCACAUCACCUUGAGCAUGGCAGCUAAUGGAGCUGAUGGAAGUACCGAGGCGCAAUUUAAAAAUGUUCUCAAGCUUCCAGUCUCGAAACCACAAACUCUAGAAGGUUAUCAGAAUCUCAUCGAUAAAUUAAAUAACGUUGAGAAUGUUACUUUGAAGCUCGCUAAUAAAAUGUUUAUUGGCAAAGACUUCCCGAUAAAACCUGAAUACAAACAGGAUCUCGAGACGUAUUAUAAAUCUGGUAUUCAAUCGGUAGACUUCAGUAAAAGCCAAGAAGCUGCGAACACCAUCAAUACUUGGUGCAAAGAACAAACAAAUGAUCGCAUCAAGAACAUCAUUAAUGAAGGUGAUGUGAAUGAUGCUACUGCAUUGGUGCUCGCAAACGCGGUAUAUUUCAAGGGUCUAUGGGCACAUCAGUUCGAUCCUAAGGCUACCACGGACCGUCCGUUCCAUAUUGAUGCUAACACUGUGAAAGAUGUUCCAACUAUGUACAGAAAGGGCAACUAUAAAUACGUCGAAUUGCCGGAAUACGAUGCUAAAUGCAUCGAAUUGCCAUAUGCGAAUAAAGAGGUCAGCAUGGUGAUCAUUCUACCCAAUAAAAUUGACGGUCUAGCUGCGCUGAUCGACAAACUCGAGGAAGUUAACGCGGAAUGCAGCUCUCGCCUCACCCAAAUAUAUGAACGUGAAGUCAAAGUAUAUCUGCCCAGAUUCAGAUCUGAGACCAAGUUGGAUCUCAAGGAUACAUUGUCCAAUAAAAUGGGUCUUAGUGAGGCAUUCAGCGAUAAAGCUAACUUUAACGGCAUUUCGAAUGUCCCUCUGAAGAUCGACAAAGUCGUGCAAAAAGCUUUCAUCGAAGUUAACGAAGAAGGUAGCGAAGCAGCCGCCGUCACUGCUGUAUUUGUUCAGUUGAGCAGUGUAACAAUUAGUAAUCCAUUAGAAUUCGAUGUAAAUCGACCAUUUUAUUAUUAUAUUUGUCAUAACGAGGGAACAUCGUUCGUAUCUUUGUUCAACGGUCAUGUGAAUAAUCCAGAAAUAUAGAUAUUCUUUACAAUAAAUAUCGUCAAUAAUUUAUAAAUUUAAUUGCCGAUGUCAUAAGCUACAUAUAAGCAAAAUCUUCGAUAUUAUUAAGCUUUUUAUAUGUUGUUUUAUGUAUUUUAUGCAUUUUUAUGUUAGUUGAACAGUUUUAAAUUGUUAUGUUUGUAAUUCUUAUUCAUUCUAAUUAUAACAAUGUGAUAUUAAAAUCUCAAACAUUUCGAUGUUUAUAUAAUCGUAACAUUUAAUUAUUUUUACAAUUUGUGAUAUUUAAUUAUUGAACUUCUGUACUAUAGAAAGCAUUAUUUAGCGGCGAAACAUACAUUGUCUUUUAAAUAAUUAAUAAUGGUGUCGAAAUAACUAAUGUUUGAUACAUUAAAAGAUUUAUUAGUAAAUUUAAAUAAAUGAUAUUAGCAAGUUA